CCCCCACCACUCCAAUGCCCCUCCAUCCCCUCCUCCUCCUCCUCCUCCUCCUCCUCCUCCCAAUGCCUCACCGGCAACCCCAUCGACGACUGCUGGCUCUGCUCCCCCUCCGGCUGGCAAACCAAUCUCUUCCUCCUCUCCGAUUGCUCCAUCGUUGCGGCCCUCGGAGGAAAAAACGGCCACCUUUACACCGUCACCGAUCCCUCUGACUCCACGCCUUCAAACCCCACUCCCGGCACUCUCCGCCACGCCGCCAUCCAAUCCUCACCCCUCUGGAUCAUCUUCUCCUCCGACAUGACAAUUCGCCUCAACGAACCACUCCUCAUCAACAGCUACAAAACCAUCGACGGCCGAGGAGCAACUGUCCACAUCGCCGGCGGCCCCUGCAUCAUCAUCAAAAAUGUUUCCAAUGUCAUCAUACAUAACCUUCACAUACACGACUGCAUUCGCUCCGGCGACUCUGUUCUACAUUCUUCGACAGCAGAAACAGAGCUUCACGGCCGCUCGGACGGCGAUGGGAUCACAAUCCACGGCUCAAGGGAUAUAUGGGUUGAUCAUUGCUCCCUCUCCAACUGCGCCGAUGGGCUGAUUGAUGUUACAGAGGGAUCUACUAGGGUUACUAUUUCAAACAAUUACUUCUCGCGGCAUGAUAAAGUGAUGCUUCUCGGCCACAGCGACGAUUAUAUGGGGGAUUCAGAGAUGCAGGUGACGGUGGCGUUCAACAGAUUUGGGGAGGAGCUGGUGCAGAGGAUGCCGAGGUGCAGGCAUGGCUUCUUCCAUGUCGUUAAUAAUGAUUAUAGAGAGUGGGGGAUGUAUGCUGUCGGAGGGAGCGCUAAUCCUACCAUUAACAGCCAAGGGAAUCGCUACGCAGCCCCCUCUGAUCCAAAUUUCAAGGAGGUGACGAAGAGGAUGGACACAGCAGAGCAGGAGUGGAGCAGCUGGAACUGGAGAUCAGAAGGGGAUAUAAUGCUCAACGGGGCUUUCUUUGUUCAGUCCGGUCAGGGAUCGCCGGCUAACUACGAGAAGGCGUCGAGCUUCGAGCCGCUCUCCGCCGAGCUCAUCGACGAGUUCACUCGUAAUGCCGGCGUGAUGCAACUAACCAGCGGUGACGGCAAUCACAGAAGUGAUGGUGGUGGACCUGGUGGUGCUGGUGGUGGUGGACCUGGUGGUGGUG